AUGACUACUGCCAUAAAUCCUUCUACCAUCAGCCACGCUGCACCAACAACUGCCAAUGCCAAAAAAAAAGUAACGAAAAGAACAGAGACGAGCAGCCGGCCAAACAGCAUACCCCCGAGCUCCACUGAUGGCACCAUUUCAUCUUCAAAUAUCACUAUGGUAUCAAAAGAUGGAAUAAAUAACUCUGCCACUAACUUCAACAGAAUCCCUAUGUCUUUAGCAACAUCUACAACAAUGGGUGACUUUUCUGGAGUGACCAAGAGUGCUGCAGCUACUUCUACUUCCACUGCGACACCAAGUAACUCCACAGUCACCUACAGUACCCCUUCGGCUGCAGUGCUCCCCAGUGAUAACUCUUCAACCAGUCCCGCUGCGUUGUUCCCCACGGGUAUCACUCUGACAUCACCCACGGUGAAGCAGGACAGUCCUACACCAAACUUCAACCCCAUUCAGCAGACAACAGAGCUGAAUCAUAAUUUCAGCAAUCCUUCUACUGCAUCAUCGAAUUCAAAAGAUGCCAAUGAAGAGGAAACCAACAAAGGAGGAGUAAUAGUUGGUGUCAUUGUAGGAGCCAUUUUGGGAUCGAUAUUAAUUGGUCUGAUUGGAUAUUUUAUCUGUGGUAAGAAAAGGUCUGAGUCAUUUUCCCACAGACGGCUUUAUGACGACACAAGGAAUGACCCUGUUCUCCACUUAGACAACUCACUUGGACCAUACGAUAUGAGUUUUGGAUGUGCGUCAGAUGACAAAACCAGCACAGCAGACAAGGCAGAGAAAGACAACGCAGGGUGCCCAUCUGAUGGCAUUCCUAUGGCUGACAUGACACCAUCCCACCCUUCAUCGUAA